AUGUUCACUGGGACUCAACACGGACUUGGAAAGCUUCAGUCCGACAUGAGUGCAGCCCAGUUUGUCACAGUAGAAAAGGACCUCUACACAUCUGACCUCUUGUACGUUCUCAGUUUAAGCCUUGCGAAAGUCUCUAUAUUUCAGUUUUUGGAAAAACUCUGUGUGGAAAAGCGUCACAAAACUAUCUGCCGCUGGUCGUCGCUUCUAGUCGCCGUGUGGACCGUUCCAGUAUUCUUCACUCUAGCUUUCAAGUGUGGGACCUCCAGUCCCUGGAAUAUGGAUGAUGGACAUUGUAUCAGGAUCUUCGAUUUCUGGGCCGCCAUUUCCCCAAUCGACAUUGCAACCGAGCUAGUCAUCUGCAUCCUUCCAAUAUAUAUCGUCAAACCGGUUCAAAUAUCCUUCGACAAAAAGGUCACAGUUAUAGUCGCAUUUGUCUUCCGCAUCUUUGUUAUAAUCACAACUAUCGCGCGCCUCAUCUUCAUGAACGGAGCCAACAAAUCACUCACAGACAUGAACACCAACGCCUUCGCAACUAGCAUCACAACUCAGCUCAAUCUUUGCGUCAGCCUAAUGACUGCAUGCAUCCCUUGCCUAAAACCCUUCCUUGACGCCUUCGACAGCGGAAUGCUCAACGUCUCCCUGCGUGAACGCAUUGGUGGAGCAUACAGUAAAUCUUACGGUGCCUCACAUGGGAACUCGUAUGCACUGUCUAGUAUGACUAGAGGCGUAAAGGAAUCUAAUAUACGCUCCCAUGAUGUUGAGGACGAGAAUGAGGGACUGGGAACUUCGGCCAGUGCUUUCGCUGUUACGUCGCCUGUGAGACUGGCGAACGGGACCGAUCCUACCAUGGCUAUUCAGAGGACGGAUCAGUGGAGUAUCAGGUGUGAGUAUGUAGAUCUCACUACUUCUGGGUCGCUUGUAGAUGAGUUGGGAAUGCCUGAGGAUCGAGGGACUUGA